CGCGUGAUCCCAGGAACUGAGAGGGUUAACUCACAGGAAUGCAAAGUACUGUUUGUCUCUGGGGAAAGAGAACUUUCUGUUUCGUUUCUUGUUCAGUCCCCGUUCUGCUCUCAGCGAUGGCGGCUGCUGAUCUGAGAGACGAGCUGAGCUGCUCCAUCUGCCUGAGCAUUUAUACUGAUCCGGUAAUGCUGCCCUGUGGCCAUAACUUCUGCCGGGGCUGCAUUGGGAAAACAUGGGACACCCAGGAGGGAUUGGGGGCUUAUUCCUGCCCUGAAUGCAGAGCCGAGUAUCAGGAGCGCCCCGCCCUGCCCAGGAACAGAACUCUGGGGAGCAUAGCAGCGCGGUUCUGUCCGACUGAGCCGGAGCCGGGGGAGACUGGGAUUCCCUGCACCUACUGUGUCCUCUCCCCUGUACCCGCUGUUAAAACCUGUCUGCACUGUGAGGCUUCUCUGUGUGAUACCCACCUGCGGGGGCACAGCCAGUCAGAGAAACACAUCUUAAUAGAACCCACAAUGCACCUGGGGGACAGGAAAUGCUCAGUCCAUGAAGAACUCCUGAAAUAUUACUGCUGUGAGGAUUCUGUCUGUAUCUGUGUGUCCUGCUGCCUGGCCGGGGGGCACCGGGGCCACAGGGUGGAGCUGCUGAGUGAGGCCUCUGAGAAGAAGAAAGAGAAACUGAGGAAAGUUCUGGAGAAACUGAGCCCAGAGAGAGAGGAGACUGAGAGAGGAGCCCAGAGGCUGCAGGAGCGCAGGAGAGAAGGGGCAGAAGCGGCAGCCGGUGAGACAGAGAGAGUCACUGCCCUGUUUAGGGACAUCAGGGAAGAGCUGGAAGCCCUAGAGAAGCGACUCCUGAGUGACAUCUCCAGGCAGAAAGAGGAGCUCUCACUCACACUCACUGAGCUGAUCCAACAGCUGGAAAUAAAGAAGGACGAGCUGUCCAGGAAGAUCCGGCACAUUGAGGAGCUGUGCAACAUGGCAGAUCCACUCACUGUCCUACAGGAACAAUGGGAAUCCCAUGGAGCUGCCUUUUGUGGGGCUGAGGGGGCAGAUACUGAGGGCAGAGAGAGAGGGGGUAUAAAGGUCCCGGCUGUAGGGGAUCUGGAUGUGGGUCGGAUCUCAGAGACAUUACUCACAGGCUUAGCUGGGAUUGUGACUGGGGUAAAGGGAAGGAUCUAUGGGCAGGAGGCUACAGACCUGGUACUGGAUAUAAACACGGCUCAUAAUCUUGUAUCUGUAUCAGGGGACAGGAAAUCUGCUUCCUACUCACUAACAGAACUACAUUACCCACAAUCCCCAGAGAGAUUUCAGCUUUAUGCUCAGGCUUUAAGCAGCAGGAGUUUCCCCUCAGGGCGACAUUACUGGGAAGUGGAGGGCAGUGAAUCAGGGGACUGGUGGGUAGGGGCGGCCUAUCCCAGUAUGGAGAGGGGAGGGUUGCAGUCCUGCAUUGGGUAUAAUAACAUGUCCUGGUGUUUGCGCAGAGGGAAUAAUAACAGAUAUUCAGUGAGACAUUACAGUAAAUGGACACAGUUACCCCACGUCCCUUCCUGCAGGAGAAUCAGGAUCUCAUUGGACUAUGAGGCCGGACGCCUGUCCUUUUAUGAGCUGAGUGAGCCAAUCAGGCGCUUACACACCUUCACUGCCUCCUUCACUGAGCCCCUUCAUGCUGCAUUCUGGGUACGGGGGGAGGGUACCUGGGUGAGAAUCAUUCACUAGUGCUGGAGGGAAUGUAUAUAAGAGUGUUCCCUUCCCCAUAUUAUGCGGCAUUGCCCUAAAUGGACUGACAUUUGGAGGAAUAUUAAAGGGACAUACUGUGUGAAAAAUAAUAUUGUGCCAAUAAAUUGUACUUAUAUAAAUAUAGAAGGAAUGGGCUUAAAAAGUUGCGUUUCACUCAUAGGCGGAGGGAGACUUUUCUGUUUGGGGGCUAAAGAUGGCCCAUACACAGACUGACCUACAGCUAAUGUGACACUUAGUGGAUUCGC